AUGUCACUAGAAGGUUACCGAAUGCCACUGCACAAGAAGGAACCCAAAACAGACAAAGUUGCAGGAAGGCCGACAGACAAAGAAGUAAGCUGGCAGACAGACAAAGUAGCAGGCAGGAAGACAGACAAAAUAGCAGGCAAGAAGACAGACAAAGCAGCAGGAUGGCAGGCAGACAAAGUAGCAGGCUGGCAGACAGACAAAGAAGCAGGCAGGCAGACAGACAAAGUAGCAGGCAGGCAGACAGACAAAGUAGCAGGUAGGCAGAAAGACAAAGUAGCGGGCAGGCAGACAAACAAAGUAGCAGGAAGGCAGGCAAACAGACAAAGUAGCAGGCAGGUAGACAGACAAAGAAGCAGGAAGGCAGACAGACAAAGUAGUAGGCUGACAGACAGACAAAGUAGCAGGAAGGCAGACAGACAAAGUAGUAGGCUGACAGACAGACAAAGUAGCAGACUGGCAGACAGACAAAGUAGCUGGCUUGUAGACGGACAAAGUAACAAGCUGGUAGACAGACAAAGUAGCUGGCUGGUAGACGGACAAAGUAACAGGCUGGCAAACAGACAAAGUAGCAGGCUGAUAGACAGACAAAGCUAG